AUGUCGACUACGAGCUUUAGUCAAUUUCGAUUGUCAGGAGACACGACCGAUCCUUCUUCACGAACCAUCCGUGUAGCUGCCAAGGAUGGUCGAACAGGACAAGAUAUCCAACUUGAAUACAACAACCACAAGGUGAUUGGCAAUGGAUCUUUUGGUGUGGUGUAUCAAGCAAAAUUGGCACAUAGUGGAGAGGAUGCUGCCAUCAAAAAAGUCUUGCAGGACAAGCGAUUCAAGAACCGUGAGCUUCAAAUCAUGAAAGUGAUGAACCAUCCCAAUAUUUGUGGUCUCAAGGCUUACUUUUACACACAAGGCGAUACCAAGAAGGAUGAAGUGUACCUGAAUCUGGUGAUGGAGUAUGUUCCCGAGACCGUGUACCGUGUAUCCCGUCAUUAUGCCAAAAUCAAGCAACCUAUUCCCAUGCUUCUCGUCAAAUUGUACAUGUACCAAUUGUUCCGUUCCUUGGCCUAUUCUCAUACAUUGGGCAUCUGUCAUCGUGAUAUCAAACCUCAAAACUUGUUGGUCAGCCCUAUCACCGGUGUAUUGAAACUAUGUGAUUUUGGAAGUGCCAAAAUCCUGGUAGCAGGUGAACCCAAUGUAUCCUAUAUCUGUUCGCGAUAUUAUCGAGCACCCGAGUUGAUAUUUGGAGCUACAAGUUAUACAACCAGCAUCGAUAUUUGGUCAGCAGGAUGUGUCAUGGGCGAGUUUUUAUUGGGUCAACCCUUGUUCCCUGGUGAAAGUGGUAUCGAUCAACUGGUAGAGAUUAUCAAGAUCCUUGGUACACCUUCCAAAGAAGAGAUUGCGAAGAUGAACCCUCAAUACGUCGAUCACAAGUUUCCACAAAUCAAACCACAUCCAUUUUCAAAGGUGUUUCGAUCGAGAGUACAACCUGAAGCAAUUGAUUUGAUUUCACGUGUAUUGCAAUACGAUCCACAAACACGAUUGACAGCCAGCGAGGCAUUGGUACAUCCAUUCUUUGAUGAGCUGAGGAACCCAGACACCAAACUUUCCACAGGACGUGAAUUACCUCCUUUGUUUGAUUUCACGGCUGAAGAAUUAUCCAUUCGACCGGAUCUGAUACAUAAAUUGGUUCCUCCCCACUGUCAUGAUGAAUUAUUGUAUCGAGGCAUUGAUGUUCGUAAUUUCACACCCAUUCCCUUAGACAAGAUGCGUUUACCAUCCCUGGAUUAA